AUGCCGACCGAGCUCCAAGACGCCGUUCCCGACAUCGUGAUUGGCGGGACUGAAGAGGACGUUUACGACGACCAGUAUGCCGCCCAAGACGGCGAAGACAGUGAAAACGAACAAGAAACACAAAAGGGCAAGAAAGUGAGCUUUGUCACUUCUGAUGACGAAGAUGAGCGCGAAGACGAGCUUGAGAGAAAGAGAAAAGAGUUCGAAGAAGGUGGUGGACUUCCUGAGCAGCCAGAGAACCCAGACUUCUCGACUUUAACUCCACUUUCGCCAGAAAUCAUCAAUAGACAGGCAACCAUCAACAUCGGUACCAUUGGUCAUGUUGCCCACGGAAAGAGUACUGUUGUUCGUGCGAUUUCGGGUGUCCAGACGGUCAGAUUCAAGAACGAGCUGGAGAGAAACAUUACCAUCAAGUUAGGAUACGCCAACGCCAAGGUUUACCGGUGUGACAAUGCAGAAUGUCCAGAGCCAGGAUGUUACCGUUCCUUUGAGAGUGAUAAGGAGGUCCAUCCAAAAUGUCAAAGAGAGGGAUGUUCUGGUAGAUACCAAUUGGUCAGACACGUUUCGUUUGUGGACUGUCCCGGUCACGACAUUUUGAUGAGUACCAUGUUGUCUGGAGCAGCCGUCAUGGACGCUGCUUUGCUGUUGAUUGCCGGUAAUGAGUCUUGUCCACAGCCACAAACCUCGGAGCAUCUUGCUGCCAUCGAGAUCAUGAAGCUGAAGCACGUGAUCAUUCUGCAAAACAAGGUGGAUUUGAUGAAAGAGGAGGCGGCUCUCGAGCACGAAAAGUCUAUCCUCAAAUUCAUCAAGGGUACCAUUGCUGACGGGGCUCCUAUCAUUCCAAUCUCGGCACAACUGAAAUACAACAUCGACGCCGUCAACAUGUGCAUGGUGAACUCGAUUCCUGUUCCACCAAGAGACUUUUCUGCACAGCCGCAACUGAUUGUGAUCAGAUCGUUCGACGUCAACAAGCCAGGAUCCGAGAUUCACGAGUUGAAGGGAGGUGUUGCUGGUGGAUCGAUUUUGACCGGUGUCUUCAAGAUCGGCGACGAGAUCGAGGUCAGACCGGGUAUUGUCACCAAGGACGACAACGGAAAGAUCCAGUGCAAGCCAAUUUUCUCCAGCAUUGUUUCGCUGUAUGCUGAGAACAACGACCUAAAGUUUGCCGUUCCAGGAGGACUGAUUGGUGUGGGAACCAACAUCGACCCUACUCUGUGUAGAGCCGACCGUUUGGUUGGACAGGUUGUUGGUUCUAAGGGCCACCUGCCUUCUGUUUUCACAGACAUCGAGAUCAACUACUUCCUUCUGAGAAGACUGUUGGGAGUCAAGACCGACGGCCAGAAACAGGCCCGUGUGAGAAAGCUCGAGGUUGACGACGUGUUGAUGGUGAAUAUUGGCUCUACCGCCACGGGAGCAAGAGUGGUGGCCGUCAAGGCAGACAUGGCCAGAUUGACGCUCACCUCGCCAGCAUGCACGGAAAUAAACGAGAAGAUUGCGUUGUCCAGACGUAUCGACAAGCAUUUCAGACUGAUUGGAUGGGCCACUAUCAAGAAGGGAACCACGAUAGACCCUAUUAAUUAA